GGCUAGGAUCACAAACGAGUUACGAAAUAUUUUCUCAUAACAAUAUAGUGCACAUUUAUACAUAAGUUAUCAUGAUAUUAUAUGUUUCCGUUGCAACGCACGAGCAAUUAACUAGUACCAACAUGAUGGAGGCUGGCAGGCCGCGCCGCCGUGGUUGGGGCAGUAGCUCUAGUCGAUGAUGAUCGGGUUGCGCACGUCGUGCAUGAGCGCGUGCUCGAAGACGACGCCGCGCACGUACGCGCCGUCCACCCUGGCCCGCGCCCACGUCUUGAUCCGCAGGCGCAGCCCGUUGUCGGUGGCGACGAAGGCGGCCCCCGUCACCGUCACGUUCUCCACGCCACUCUCCUCUCUCUCCUUCCCCAGGCUCCAUCCCUAUGCUUAUGCCAUGGCCCGGGCCGCAGCUGACGUGCUCCACGCGCAGGUUGGUGGUGCCGGUGCCAACGGAGACGCAGUCGUCGUCCCCGGUCCGGAUGCUGGUCCGGGUGACCGUGACCUGGGACGAGGCCUGCACGUGGAUCCCGUCCGUGUUGGGGCUGCUCCCCGGCGCGACGAUCUGCACGUCCUGCACCGUGACGCCUUCGCAGCCCUCGACCACGACGUGGUACAGCUCGCUCUCGACCGAGGUCAGGCCGCUGAUCACCACGUCCCUCGAGUUCAGCACCUUCAGCGAUGUUGCUCCGCUGGGGCAGCCGCCGUGCUCAGCAGCCUGCUUGCACGCCCACAGGCCACAGCGCCUCGCCGCGGCCGUCGACGGUGCCGCCCCACACAGUGAGGCCGUCGACGCGGUCGAACACGAUCCAGGCGCCGUCGUCCCUGCUGGCUGCUGCUGCCGCCACGGCUGGUGUAGCCUGACGGCGCAACAAGCGUGUCAUCGACCCGAAGCGUCAUCACCCUGCUCGAGCACGGCCCGGUGAAGGCCGCACGGCUGAGCAGGAAGCGCCCGCUCGGCACGUACACGGUCGCCGGCUCCUGCGACCGGCAGGCGGCGGGCCAGGCACUGGCGAACGCGCCGGCCGAGUCCGUCCGGCCGUCGGGCCUCGCUCCGAAACCGGCGACGUUGUACUUGUACGCCGCCGCCGCCGCCGCUUCAGCUGCACCUGCACCUGACGACAGCACGCAGGAAAAGAGUAGCGGCACUAGGGAAGAAUAAUAAGCGUCGAAGAAGGGAGCCAUGAUGCAUCAAACACGUCGACGUUCUUGUUGCAGUCCUACUACACUACACGUCUACACAUGCUACUGACUGGCGAGUACUUUCCGUCGUCGUCCUUGAUUUAUAGAGCCGAUCGAGGCGACCUUCAUAGUGUGAUUGAGAGAGUACGGGGACGGGGUGCGUCCGUGCGUGCGAUCGAUUGCAAGGGGCUUAUUGCAAGAUUUGUGGCGAGAUUGCAGAAACCAAGUCCAAAAUUGCAGACGCUCUACCCACUGGCCGCGGC